AUGGAAAACAACCUACCUGUCAUAUCAAAGAGAGUGUGGAGUCUUGUACGUCUUGCCUUCAUCAUGACGAGAAAAGGAAUAUCAAAGGGUAAACUAAUGAUGAACUUAAACAUGAUACUCAAACGCCACACCAAGCUUGCCGGAAAAACCGUUGCCAAUUUAAUAUCCCACCAUCCCAACCAUGGUGGCUCCAUCUCAAACCGCCACUCCCACCAAUUCACAUACUCAAGGGAGUACGAAUUCAGCUGUAGCAACACUCCCAACCACUUGUUCUCAAUAGGGAAGCGUCAUCACAGCCAUAAGCACAAUGCUCAAGCACCACCUACACAUGACGAUGAUGUGACGACUAUGAAUGCAAUGAAGACAAUGUUGGAGAUCCUUAACAAUGAUCAAGCGAUUGUAGAAACGUCUCCAGGUUCCCCUUUAAGAGAUGAUGAUGAGAAAGACAAUCAAGUUGAUAAGGCAGCGGAAGAUUUCAUAAAAAGGUUUUACAGUCAAUUGAGGAAUCAAGAUUGA